CCCUUUUUGGUCCUCGGUGCUCUCCGUAGCACGCAGUUCUACAACGUGCAAGGAGAGAAAUCAGUACUUUUGGUCUGAACAGUAAAACUGCUGCUAUCGCCGACUCAACACACUGACAGUCAUGGCAGAAAAUCAGGAAGAGAUGUCUCCAAUUGAGAUGAAAGUGGCACGACAAGUAGAGUACUACUUUGGAGAUCACAAUCUUCCGAGGGACAAGUUUCUCAAAGAACAGCUGCAGCUUGAUGAUGGCUGGGUGACUUUGGAGACAAUGCUUAAAUUCAACAGACUGAAGUCUUUGACCACAGACAGCAGUGUCAUCGUUACAGCUCUCCAGAAAUCAAAGACAGGCCUCUUGGAAAUCAGUGAGGACAAGACAAAAAUCAGGAGAUCUCCAAACAAACCCUUACCUGAAGUGAAUGAUGAAUACAAAGACGCUCUUAAACACAAAUCUGUGUACAUUAAAGGUUUUCCUCUCGAAACAACCCUUGAUGAGAUUCAGGAGUGGUUGAGUGGGAAAGGCAACAUAGAAAACAUUCAAAUGAGGAGAAACCUGCAAAAGCAGUUCAAGGGAUCAGUGUUCAUCUGUUUUGACACAGAAGAGUCAUCCAAGCAGUUCCUAGAACGUUCAGACAUAAAAUCAUUCAAAGACAAUGAGAUGCUUGUGUUAUCAAGGGAAGACUACCAUGCAAAGAAGGCAGAGGAGCGAAAACAGUUCAAAGCAGAGACAAAAGCAAAAGCUAAACAAGACAAGGAGCAACAGCAGAAACAUGCAGAAGAGAAAGAAAUGGGUCUGCUUUUGGACGAACAGACGGGCUGCUUAUUGAAGUUUUCAGGAGAGCUUGAAGAUGUUUCAAGAGAGGACUUUCAUGAAUUGUUCUCUGGUCAUGGAAAGAUAAAGUGGGUUGACUUUACGAGAGGGGCCAAAGAGGGCACCCUCCUUUUCGAUGGAAAUGCAAAGGAGGCGUUCGACAAGGCCAAAGAGGCAAAUGGAGGGGAGCUGAAAAUCAAGAACAACAGUGUUACAUGGCAGGUGCUUGAGGGAGACGAGGAGAAAGAGAUGCUGAAGAAGAUCAUCGAAGCUCAACAAGAGUCGUACAGCAGGUCCAAAGGCAGAGGUGGCAGGGGAAGAUCGGGUGGCAGAGGAAGAGGAGGACGAAGGGGAAGAGGUGGCAGAGAUCAAGGACGAACUCAGUACCAAGGCAAAAAGACGAAGUUUGAUAGUGAUGAUGAUGAAGAGGAGGAUGCCCCUGCAGCCCCAAAGAGAGAACUAGAAGAUGCUGAUGGUCCUGCAGCAAAAGUUGCCAAAACUGAAAAUGGAUCUUAGUCACAAGGCCACGCCCAGUAUUUUUCUUUUGUGAAAACAUUUAUUAUAAAGAGUGAAAAUGCAGAGACAACUUAAAUCCAUUCCAGUGAAAGCUUCAGGUUUUGGAGAAUCGUAGGAAGUCCACCUGGAUGUCAACCUAGAGAAAAAUUUGCAAUGCUCGGCAUCAGUUUUCAGCCUUUUAAGUCCCUGUAUUAUAUUGUGCCUCCCACAUUAUUUGUGUACCUAUGUUUCUCUUAAGAUGCUUUGAUUUUAUCACGUUCAACAUAAGGACAGCAAUUUAAUUUCACCGGGACAUUUUAGUUGGUUUUGUGAGACCUGUGUGACAUCUUGAAUCUGUGCGCCACUGUGUUUUUUUUUUGUUUUUUUUUUUCUAGUGGAAUUUCUACAUUGAGUGAUGAGAUCAUCUGCUUUUCUAAUUUUUAAGUUUGCUUAUGUGAAUAGCAAAUAAAACAUUUCUAAAAAUGAA